AUGACCUCCGCUCCCCUUGUUGGCAUUGCCCCCACCCGCGCCCCCAAGACCGUGGGCCCGUACGUUCACGCUAUGCGCCACGAGAACACGGUCUACUCGACUUGCAUCCUUCCGAUCGACCCCAAGAGCAUGCAGAUGGUGGGAGAGACGGCCGAGGAGCGCUUCCGCCGCAUCUACACCAACCUUGGAAUUGUCCUCGAGGAGGCCGGAUCGAGCUACCAGCGUAUCAUCAAGCAGACGCUGUAUCUCACCGAUAUGGAGGACUUUAACUCGUUCAACAAGGUCACAAUCGAGUUCCUCGGAGACCACCGCCCAGCCCGCGCCACGAUCAAGGUCCUCGCUCUCCCACUCGAGGCCAAGUGCGGUCUCGAGGUCAUUGCCGCCACCAACUAG